GUUGAAACUGGCAGUGACAUUUGGCUUUGAUCAUUGACUAGCGGCUUUUCCAAGGGCUUGUCACGCUGCUCGGCCAAAAUCUGACAGCUGACUUUUGGCUGCCAUCAAAACAAACCCAUGCCUUUCCUCAUUCUGGAGCUCGAGUUUACACACCGUCGACACUUACUUCGACUCAAGGGCCAUACGUGGACUACGCACUCCACCAUCCAUUACUGAGUCUAGAGUAAGGCCUACUCGUCCCAACGAUUCGAUUCAACUGUUGAUGGCCAGGGCCAGGAAUUGGUGACGGUCUAGAUCCGCGAGAAAAAGGUCCACCAUGGCAUCUAUCGUGACCGAUGAGACCGCCCGAUCUCAGUCGGACAUGGCUCAAAAAAAGAUGCUGUCCAAAAAUUUGUUACAAAUGAAGUUCAUGAAACGUACACGAGAGAAGCAAAUUGAGGCCGACGAACAGGAUGAAAGACACAGGCUUUUUCAGGGCGUGGUAUCCGAUGCCAUGCGAAUUCAAGGGGAUCGUUUCAUCCUCGAGCCGAGUUAUGCCUCGCUCUUUCGAUUGUCCCCGGGUCGCAUGGCCUUCAAGGACAUGAAUCCCGAGCUUUCAGCUGAACUUGCGUCUCAGGUCCAGUCCGAGGACACCCCCGACCCCAACGAAACCGAAGUGGAUGAUGAGACCAUGGCUUCCCAAUUGGCGCCUCCCAUCGUGGGUGGGAAAAGAAACUUUCGUUAUGUGGGCCAACCACCUCCAACUCCCACACCCACGGACUCGAAAUCAAGGGAGCACAAUUCUCAGAGAUCGCGUAAAAGAGAGCGAAAAUGAGGCAAUUUAUUUUUAAAAUGUGAAUUGGAACGAUAAAUUACUUGCGUUUGAGCAUU